AUGAUAGAGAGCGAUAUCCCGUCCAUAAUGUCAGGAAUCAUCAGGAACCCAGGGCAAAACCACCACCCCUCGCAGGAGUACAGACUCCUGGCUUCAGACCCGUCCCAGCUGAGCGAGGAUGAGCUCCCAGGGGAUCUGCAGUCCCUGUCCUGGCUGACAUCCGUGGAUGUGCCCCGGCUCCAACAGAUGGCCAGUGGGAGGAUGGAUUUCAGCCUGGGGGCCCAGAACGCCAUGCUCCAGCAGACAGGUGCUGUGGGGAGCACGAUGCACUCGACACCCGGAGCGAUGAUCCACGUCCAGGCCAGCCUCCCACAGGGAAUCCUGGGCCUCAAUUCCAUUUCGACACACGGAGCCAAUAUGAGCCCCUACGCCGUGGGUGGUCAGCUGUCCCCCGGUUUGCAAACACAGCAACAGCUCUUCCCUCCUCCCCCUCCUCCUCCUCCUCCUCCUCCUCCUCCUCCUCCUCACUCCCAGCAGGUGUUUGCCCUGGCCCAGAACCCCCAGCAGUGCAACCCAGCAGCGAUCUACAACACAUCCUACGGGACGCAGCCACACUAUCCCCAGCCACGCCUGGCUCCCCACUCUGCCCAGGAACUGCACCCAAAGCAUUAUCCCAAGCCCAUCUAUUCCUACAGCUGUUUGAUCGCCAUGGCGCUGAAGAACAGCAAGACCGGGAGCCUGCCCGUGAGCGAGAUCUACAGCUUCAUGAAGGAGCACUUCCCCUACUUCAAGACAGCCCCCGACGGGUGGAAGAAUUCCGUGCGCCACAACCUGUCCCUGAACAAGUGCUUUGAGAAGGUGGAGAACAAACUGAGCGGCACGUCCCGCAAGGGCUGCCUGUGGGCCCUCAACCCCGCCAAGAUCGACAAGAUGGAGGAGGAGAUGCAGAAGUGGAAGAGGAAGGAUUUGGCUGCUAUUCACAGGAGCAUGGCUAACCCAGAGGAGCUGGACAAGCUGAUCACUGACAGACCCGAGAGCUGCAGGCGGCCCAACAAGCAGGCAGAGCCCGAGGGGCCCCCCCUGGGCCGGAUCUCCGUGUCCCAGCUCCAGCCCCAGCCCAUCAUGACGCUGUCCCUGCAGUCCCUGCCCCUGCACCACCAGCUCCAGACCCAGGCUCGCCUGGCCCCCAACUCUCCAGCGCCUGCACAAACGCCUCCCCUGCACACCCUGCCCGACAUGAGCCACAGCCCCCUGCCCCACCACGCCAUGGGACGCGCCCCGGACUUCCCCAACGUGGCGGUGGACAUGAGCACGGAGGUGGACGCUCUGGAUCCCAGCAUUAUGGAUUUCGCGCUGCAAGGGAACAUUUGGGAGGAGAUGAAAGACGACAGCUUCAGCCUGGACACCCUGGGUGCCUUCAGCAACUCCCCCCUGCAUCUCUCCGACUGCGAGCUGGGCACGCCCGGCCUCACGCCCGUGUCCAGCGGCAGCGACCGCUCCUUCUCCGACCUGCAGGUCACUGGCCUUUACACCACCUACACCACCCUGGACAAUGUGGCAGCUGCUCAGUACAUGAACCCCCAAGGCAACAAACCCAUCCCUCUGCUCUGA